ACGUAGCGCCGGGUUCCCGGGGGUCAGUCAGAGCGCGGCCGGGCACGGGCCGAGGGGCCCGCAGUGCCGGCGCUGCCAUGGCGGCGGUGUUUGACCUGGACCUGGAGAUGGAGGAAGGCAGUGAAGACGAGCCGGAGCCCAGUCCCUCGGAUGUGUGUCCCCUUGCCGAGUUGAGGGCGGCUGGCCUGGAGCCCGUGGGACACUAUGAGGAGGUGGAGCUGACGGAGACCAGCGUGAACCUGGGCCCAGAGCGCAUCGGGCCCCACUGCUUUGAGCUGCUGCGUGUGCUGGGCAAGGGAGGUUAUGGCAAGGUGUUCCAGGUGCGAAAGGUUCAGGGCACCAACUUGGGAAAAAUAUAUGCCAUGAAAGUCCUUAGAAAGGCCAAAAUUGUGCGCAACGCCAAGGACACAGCACACAUGCGGGCUGAGCGGAACAUUCUAGAGUCAGUGAAGCACCCCUUCAUUGUGGAACUGGCCUAUGCCUUCCAGACCGGUGGCAAACUGUACCUCAUCCUUGAGUGCCUCAGUGGCGGUGAGCUCUUCACCCAUCUGGAGCGAGAGGGCAUCUUCCUGGAAGACACGGCCUGUUUCUACCUGGCAGAGAUCACACUGGCCCUGGGCCAUCUCCACUCCCUGGGCAUCAUCUACCGAGACCUCAAACCUGAGAACAUCAUGCUCAACAGCCAGGGCCACAUCAAACUGACGGACUUCGGGCUCUGCAAGGAGUCGAUCCAUGAGGGCGCUGUCACCCACACCUUCUGUGGCACCAUUGAGUACAUGGCCCCUGAGAUUCUGGUGCGCAGUGGUCACAACCGGGCGGUGGACUGGUGGAGCCUGGGGGCCCUGAUGUACGACAUGCUCACUGGAUCGCCGCCCUUCACCGCAGAGAACCGGAGGAAAACCAUGGACAAGAUCCUCAAAGGAAAGCCGGUGCUGCCCCCGUACCUCACCCCGGAUGCCCGGGACCUUGUGAAAAAGUUUCUGAAGCGGAAUCCCAGCCAGCGCAUCGGGGGCGGCGCAGGGGAUGCUGCUGAUGUGCAGAGGCACCCCUUCUUCCGGCACAUUAAUUGGGAUGACCUCCUGGCUCACCGCGUGGACCCCCCUUUCAGGCCCUGUCUGCAGUCAGAGGAGGACGUGAGCCAGUUUGACACACACUUCACGAGGCAAACGCCAGUGGACAGUCCAGACGACACGGCCCUCAGUGAGAGCGCCAACCAGGCCUUCCUGGGCUUCACGUAUGUGGCACCCUCGGUCCUGGACAGCAUCAAGGAGGGCUUCUCCUUCCAGCCCAAGCUGCGCUCCCCCAGGCGCCUCAAUAGCAGCCCCCAGACCCCCAUCAGCCCCCUGAAGUUCUCACCCUUUGAGGGAUUCCGGCCCAGCCCUGGCCCGCCAGAGCCCACGGAGCCCCCUCUACCUCCUCUCCUGCCACCGCCGCCGCCGCCACCCUCGAGCACCGCGCCUCUCCCCAUCCGACCCCCCUCAGGGCCCAAGAAGUCUAAGAGGGGUUGUGGGCGCCCUGCACGCUAGGAGGAUGGGUGGCGAUGAGGGUAGUUUUUGACGACUCUCCCUGCAGGCCAUGAGGGUGUGGGACCCGGGACAGUUACAGAGACCUGGGAGUGUGUCUUGGGGUGUGGGAGUGAGUGUAUGUGUGUGUGUGUGAGAAGGUGUGUCUAGUGGGCAUCAAGGGCUGCGGGCCCCAGCUGCUGGGGAAGGGCCUCACCGCCCACCUGGCCACCUGCAGCUGAGCUGCGUCCUCGGAGAAUUAAAGUACUGAAUCAUG